UAAUAAUAACAGAAACAAAAACAAUAGCGCAACAACAACAACAAUGAACAAUACAAAGUGGAAUACACGCAGCUUUAAUAGCACACGCUAUCACUCACCGAGUCAGCAGGAGGCCACAAUGCGACGCAGUCUCGAGGAGAUCUCCAAGGAUAUCAAGGAGAUUGAAAAUGUCAUUACCGCCACCGAAAUAGCUGUACGUAAUGCCAAUAAAGCCGAACCACCACUGCGGCGACGUCGCAGCAAAGCGUUGCCGAAUAAGGAGAAUAAAACACCGAGUCCGACGACGCGUCAGACGCAUAGCGGCACGCAGCGCUCAUCGCCGGUCACUUUUAAAGUGCAUUCCUUCAAGCGGCAACGGCAGAAGAUGCGCAGUCCACGUCUCACUAAUUCUAAACUCUACUUUCGCAAUGGACGCAUCGGUUGUUUGGAGGCCGAUCAGCAUGGUUCCAAUGUACAGAGCACACACGCGCUGGUGAAGGAUAUUUUGAAGUAUGUGCAUGAGAAGCCGCUUGUGAGUCCGGAGAGUGUGCGUCGUGUGUUGAAUGGCACAAAGACACCGUCACCAACGGCGUCAACAACAACAUCGACGCCGACUACACCGACCGCAGUUGAAACUGAUGCGGCGUCUGUUGAGCAAGCGCCAGCGCAAGUUUGUGAAGCUGUGGUUUUGCUGCCCGGUGAGGUGCCCGAUGAGCAAGAUGUUGUUGUGGUGAAUGGUUUAAAUGGUUUCUCCAGCAGCAGCAAUAAUGUGAAUGUGCCUGACAGCAGCAGUCAUCGGCGUGGCCCCAGUGUCGGCUCGUCAAUGACAGAGAAUACGACGUCUCAAUCGCCACCGUUGGUGGAUGACGAUGAGCAGGAUGUGCAAAUUUGUUAUGACGAACUGCCGGAUAUAUUGAAUGAUGAGCAGAACUUUGGUCCGGAGUUGGUGAAGAGUGAUUUUGCUGCGGUAGAACCGGAGGCGGAGACCGCUACUGAUAGGCGUUUUAGCGCAACGAGUCUCAACGAAGAUGUGCGUGAUCAGGUCCGCCAUUUGGUACGUCGCUUUACCGCACGCGCCAAUAAAGUAAAGUCACGCAUCGAGUUGCCGCCCACACCGUCGAGCAGCAACAGCGCCGAUGCCAGCACUAGCACCAGCACCGGUGGCUCGGCGUCACCUGUACGCUCACUUCCGGCCACUUUGAAAUCGCUGAGUACAACACGAGAGAAUUCGCCUUUCAAAACCCGACUGAAAGACGCGGCCAAGUCAUUGAAUCGUGGUCGGCUCUUCGAGGCCGAUACAUCGCGUUCGAAUGUCUGGAUCUGUUCGAGUUUGUGCGGUAGCAAUAAUGAGGAGAAGACGCUCGAUCCGCAGGGUAAAAUUUACAUAUCGUGGUUGUGUGUGGUCUCAAUAUCGUUCCUCUACAAUGCUUGGGUUAUACCGUUACGUUCUACGUUUCCAUUUCAAACACCGGAAAAUACGAACUCGUGGUUGAUUUGUGAUUUCUGUGCGGACAUUAUUUAUCUGUUGGAUGUGAUAUUCUUCAAGCAUCGCAUAAUGUAUCUAUUCGAGGGAUUCUGGGUGAAGAAUAAGAAUUUGACGCGUAAGAAUUACAUGAGGAAACUGCAAUUUAAGCUGGAUUUGCUCGCCUUACUUCCUCUGGAGCUUUUUUAUUUAAAAUAUGGCACCGGCGCUGUUUAUCUGCGCUUUCCACGCCUGUUCAAAAUACAAAGUUUCUGGGAGGUUUUUAAGUUGUUGGAUCGUGUUAUAUCUUCGCCACAUUUCGUACGCGUCGCUAAGACCCUAACCUAUAUGUUGUAUAUGAUUCACUUAACGGCUUGCUCAUACUAUGCCUACAGUGAUUAUCAAGGCUUAGGCGUGAAUCGUUGGGUUUUCAGCGGUAAAGGACAUCCCUAUGUACGUUGCUUUGCCUUCGCGACCAAAACAGCGACAUCUAUUGGCAAAAAUCCAAAACCCGAACGCGAAGGUGAAUAUGUUUUCAUGACCGCCGCCUGGCUAAUGGGUGUCUUCGUAUUUGCUUUGCUGAUUGGUCAGAUACGCGAUAUCAUUUCGACAGCGACGCGUAAUAAGAAUGAAUAUCGUCAAUUAGAAGACGAGACCUUGGAGUAUAUGCGACGUCUGAAUUUACCUAGUGAGGUGCAGGGUCGUGUAAAAAUGUGGUUUAAGUUUACCUGGGAGCAACAGCGCACAUUGGAUGAAGCCAACAUUUUGGACUCAUUGCCGAUCAACUUGAAGACGGACAUCGCUAUCGCCGUGCACAUACAGACACUCUCGAAAGUACAGCUUUUUGCCGAUUGCGAGGAGGCACUACUACGUGAUUUGGUCUUGAAGCUGCGCGCUGUAACCUUUCUGCCGCGCGAUUACGUUUGCCGCAAAGGCGAAGUGGGUCGUGAAAUGUAUAUCAUCAAGCUGGGACAGGUACAGGUGAUGGGCGGCCCGAAUAGUGACAUUGUCUUGGCCACACUCUCAGAAGGUUCGGUCUUUGGCGAGAUCAGCUUGUUGGGCAUAAAUGGCGCCGAUCGGCGCACAGCCGAUGUACGCGCCAAAGGCUAUGCCAAUCUCUUCGUACUCUCCAAAUCCGAUCUGAACGAAGUGAUCGCCUACUAUCCGAACGCACAAGCGAUGUUGAAGAAACGCGCACGCACGCUGAUGCGUAAGAAUGCGGCGCGCGAACGUGAGGAAGAACGCGCCAAGAGCGCGCUGAAAGCCGAUGUGGUAAUUAGUAAUCCAAAAACACCCGAGACGCCGCCGAAACUGUUGAAGACUGUCAUACAGGCAUUACCAUAUGAGUCACCCGCUGUAAUGCUGAUCACGCGCGGCUCCAAGCGCAUGCGCAAGAAGAGCAGACCCAAUGCGCUGGCCAGCAUCGAGGAUGAGGAGCUUGAAAAGGCCCACGCGCCAAAUGAGCAGCGUGCGGCCCUAAUGGGCGCGGCAGCGAUUGCGGCUGCCGGUAGGCGUGCCAAUUCGCCCGAUCUGUUGUCAUCCAUACAAAACGAGCUGAAGACCAAGCAUAGCUUUAUCAAUUUAACUGAUUCACAGAAAGCAUUAAUCAUAUCGAAAUCCAAUAAUAGUUUAAUUGAGCUGCCGCAGCAGCACACCCAUGGGGAGGAGCUUCCACUGCGUAGCAAAGGAACCGUUUAAGAGUGCCAUUACACACACGACGACGAGCUUUAUAAAUAUGCUAAAAUAUGGAAAAGUCUUAAAAAAAAAAACAAAAAAACUUGUUAAACAUAAGCAAGUCUGCAAUAAAAAUUAAAAUUUUAUUAUUGUGACAAUUGAUGUUCUGAAAUUGCGGUGCUGAACGCAACACUUACAUAUGUAUAUAACAUUGAACCGGUUAUAAACCGUUAACUGUUAAACAUACAUGCAACUACAACAAAUGUACGCUUCAAUCAAAGAUUUAUGCAAAUAAUUUUCAUUUCGUUUUUAUUUCCAACUUUGCUGUGACGAAAUCACAUUAAAUUCAAGUUGUAGUAAUUAAUAAAAAAAACACAUGUUGUUUUAUGUAACAAAGCAAGAAAUAUUAGCAUAAUUUUGUUUUUUUUUUGUUUCAGUCUGUUUUCUUAACUUAAAUGCUAAGCAUUCGAUUUAACGGGUUCGCGCAUCCUUGUAGUGCUUCUCGUUGUCGGAUGUGUCCAAACGAAUGGAGUAUUUGGGUAUCAACGAACCCUCAACGGUAGCCUCACCAUUCUCAUCGAACUGUGGUCCAUCGCCGAUCUCUUGUGUAUCUUCCUUGACGACACGGUAACCAUUUUCAUCGGCUUCA